ACUCCUUAAUAUCACUUUCACUUUACUAAACCUUAAAAAAAAUAAUUCAAAGUACUGCUUGUUUAUUGCUUCAAUUCGUGAAACCUCCACCGAUGUAAUAACCUUCAGCCGCUGACUCACCGCUCCACCGACGCACCACCGAUCGCCGCACAACUUCUGAGCACUGCACCACUCCGAUGAGGUGUUCUUUUUUCUACGAAGAAACAUCCAAGAACAAAGGAUCUGUCGACAGAAGAUUUCUGGUUUACUGCCCCAAAGAAAGGAAUUAUGGUGUUUGCUUUGCCAGGAGAGCCUAGAUUAACAGAGUUGUGUGGUGACUUUAAAGUCCUCUUUCAUGAUCGACAAGGAGAUUUCUAUUUUUGGCUAAACACGAUAAUGAUAGAAAAUAGGAAGAUCUUAAACACUAGUGAUAUGGAUGGAUUUGACAAGCGGAAGCUGCCUUCCCCUGGUUUCCAAGUUGAGGUUGUUCUUGUAGACUAUGAUGGCACUCCUCCAUCUCCUACACCUCAGCCUGAACCUGUGGUCCAGAAGCCCAAUGACCAGACUGGCCCCCCUUCUGAACAAGUAAAUGAGGUCUCGUCUGCUCCAGAAGCUAGCAAAGAUCCUCAAGGUCAAGCUCAGAGUGAACAACAAGACAAAGAUGAUGUGUUUUCAGAUGACGAGGUCGAUGGAUCAGGCUCAUCAAGGAGUAAAAAGGCUCAAGCAGCUUCUUUAGCAGAUACAAAAAAGUCAACUGCCUCUCCUGCUGAUACUAAGUUCGCUUCAGAUAAUAUUUUAAGCAAGUUCCUCAUACAUAUUCUCAACAAAUGAUUGACGAGCUUAGGAAAGGUGGAUUUCCUAUGGUAACCGGAUACCAUCAACCAAAUGACGACGACGAUGAUUUAUGUGAAUUGUAGAUCAAUAUGGUAUUGGUAUAUUUUGGGGCAUUAAUUUUUUUUUUUUUUUUAAAUCAACAUUAACUAGAAAGGUUUUUGAUAUUUAACUCACGUAUUUGUUUGUAUAGAACAAAUUUUGUAUGAAUGAUUCAAUUUAAUUGUGAUUGGAUGUUUUAAAUUAUAUAUAUGAAGUAUAUUUUGAUGGCUUUUGUCGUA